UGCCAGUGGGCUCGGGCCGCGCUCCGCGCCGCCGCCGCCGCCGCCGCCGCCGCCCGCGCCGCCGCCCGGACCCCGGGCCCCCGAGCCCCAUGAUGAACUUCCUGCGGCGCCGGCUGUCGGACAGCAGCUUCAUCGCCAACCUGCCCAAUGGCUACAUGACCGACCUGCAGCGGCCCGAGCCCCAGCAGCCGCCGCCCCCCGGGCCCGCCGCCGCCGCCUCCCCCGCCGCGUCGCCCAGCCCCGAGCGCCGGCCGCCCGCCCAGGGCUGGGGGUCGGCGCCGCAGCCCGCGCCGUCGGUGGGCAGCAGCUUCUUCAGCUCGCUGUCCCAGGCCGUGAAGCAGACGGCAGCCUCGGCCGGCCUGGUGGACGCGCCCGCGCCCGCCUCGCGCAGGGCCAAGCUGCUGCUGGUGGUGGACGAGCCGCACACCGACUGGGCCAAAUGCUUUCGGGGCAAAAAGGUCCUCGGAGAUUAUGACAUCAAAGUGGAACAGGCAGAGUUUUCAGAGCUCAACCUGGUGGCCCACGCAGAUGGGACCUACGCAGUGGACAUGCAGGUUCUGCGGAACGGCACCAAGGUUGUCCGGUCCUUCCGGCCCGACUUUGUGCUCAUCCGGCAGCACGCAUUUGGCAUGGCGGAGAACGAGGACUUCCGCCACCUGGUCAUCGGCAUGCAGUAUGCCGGCCUGCCCAGCGUUAACUCCCUGGAGUCCAUCUACAACUUCUGCGACAAGCCGUGGGUGUUCGCCCAGCUGGUCGCGCUCUACAAGACGCUGGGGGCAGAGAAGUUCCCGCUCAUCGAGCAGACGUUCUACCCCAACCACCGCGAGAUGCUGACGCUGCCCACGUUCCCGGUGGUGGUGAAGAUCGGCCACGCGCACUCGGGCAUGGGCAAGGUCAAAGUGGAGAACCACUACGACUUCCAGGACAUUGCGAGCGUUGUGGCCCUCACCCAGACCUACGCCACGGCCGAGCCUUUCAUCGACUCCAAGUACGACAUCAGGGUGCAGAAGAUCGGCGGCAACUACAAGGCGUACAUGAGGACGUCCAUCUCGGGGAGCUGGAAGACCAACACGGGCUCGGCUAUGCUGGAGCAGAUCGCCAUGUCAGAGAGGUACAAGCAGUGGGUCGACGCCUGCUCUGAGCUGUUUGGUGGCCUGGACAUCUGUGCCGUCAAAGCCGUCCAUGGCAAAGAUGGGAAAGACUACAUCUUUGAGGUCAUGGACUGCAGCAUGCCGCUGAUCGGGGACCACCAGCUGGAGGACCGGCAGCUCAUCGCUGAGCUCGUGAUCAGUAAGAUGAACCAGCUGCUGUCCAGGACCCCUGUUCUGUCUCCUCAGAGGCCACUGACCACUCAGCAGCCCCAGAGCGGAGCCCUGAAGGAGCCGGACGUGAGCAAGACCCCGCCGCAGCGGCCCGCACCCCAAGGGGGCCCCGGGCAACCCCAAGGAACGCAGCCCCCAGACAAGGCGCUGCCGCCACGCCGGCUUUCCCGGGAGCCAUCACUGCCACCUUCCUCCUCCUCCUCCUCCUCUUCUUCCUCCUCCUCCUCCUCCUCCUCUUCCUCCUCGGCUCCGCCGCGGCCCGGUGGCCCCAGCACCCGCGGAGACGCGCCUUCCAGCAGCUACUCCCUGGCCGAGACCCCGCCAGUCCCCGCGGCUGCGGCCCCCAAGGCCCAGCCUCAGCCACAGCUCAACAAGUCGCGGUCCCUGACCAACGCCUUCAGCUUCUCCGAGUCCUCCUUCUUCCGCUCCUCGGCUGGUGACGACGAAGCCAAGGCGGACACCGUGCGGAGCUUGAGGAAGUCCUUUGCCAGCCUCUUUGCAGACUAGCCGCCCGGGAGCCCCGGGCCCCAAGAGGCGGCGACACGGAGCCCGUGGCCGCCAGCAGCCGCCCCGCCCUGCGGGCCCUGCCCCGCGCCGUGCCCCUCUGACCGCGUGGUGCCCCUUCCGCCCCGU